AUGUAUGUUGCAUAUAUUGCAGGUCACCAUGCGCGGCCCUAUGGUCUCCCCUCGCCCCAGGGUGAUGACGACGGGGUUUCCGCAACUACUACAGACAUACUCAAGUGUUUCCAAUUGCAUAAGAAAAACCGUCUGUACCGAGAAUUUUUUAAUUGCAUCACGCCCCAAAUGAGUUCUUCUGGUUUGCUGAUACCUCCAGAGCUCCAGACACUGCAUGUUGAAUUAUCGGAAUCUGACGGUCCUACUGAAGAUGCAGCGGACCUCCACGCUAAGUCUACCAUUGACGAGUCAGCUCCUGCUACAGGAAGUGAUCCUUUUCAUAUCAAUCAAAGCACUAACCUCAAUGAUGGCUUCUCCUUCACGCAAUACUACACUCCCCUUCAGGACGCUGCAUUGUCGUUGGAUACGCCCAUAUGCAUAGGCCAUGUUGAAAGUAUUGUUGGAAGCGCCGCUAUGGUCAAGGGCACCCUAUCAGCAGCACCUUCUCUAGAGGCAAUUGAGGAUGCUGAUAAGCCUUUCUUCAUUGAAGGCGUGGUCUACACUGUCGAUGGCGUGCCCACCGGCCAGAUCGUGGAUGUUUGGGGAAGCGUUGACAGCCCGAUCUAUACCAUCCAGCUCACAGCCAGCAGUCGUCUGCAGAAAGGCGACAGAGUCCUGGUGGACCACAGUACUGCAACACGCGCGAAGGUAAACAUGGAGAAAAGCGACAGUUCCGAUGACUGA